AUGGCACCCCACGCCAGCAAGUUCACCGAACACAUCGAUGGACCCAUCGGAAUGCCAGCACCAAGAUCUGUUAAUGGCCCAUGUGCACCCGUUCCGCAUAAGAUUACUCGUAAACCUGUUCCGCGGCCGAUUUUUCCUCCACCUAAAAAAGCGCCAGUGAAAGUAGGAGAAGGUUCGUGUUGUGGAUGUGUGGUUAUGUAG